GUCCCCACGACUGCGACCCUCUUUUUGACCCUCACAGAUCUCUCAUUGUCUCGACUUCCUCUCAAAUGCUCGAGCUUCAUCGCUAGCUAGCUGUCUCCUUGUCUCGACCUUGCCCAAUAUGGCAGACAUCGCCCCCACGCAGGACCCUGCGGGCGGGCGAAGCUUCGUAUCCCCGGCAAAGUGUCGCAUCUUGCUCACACCCGCUCACCCCAGCGUCACCCCGGCCGAGUUCGAAGAAUGGUCCAGCUAUGUGAGAUCAUUCGAGAGCAUCAGGAUCAAAGACCUGCCUCCGAGUACUUCGGGAAGGACUGGACCAACGCCUGGGUCUAGCCUGCAUACAUAUGGAGAGGUACACCUCUCCUUCAUCACCUCGUACGACCCUCAGCAUGCCUUCCUCGCUCCUUUUGCCAUGCAUAGACAGGUCUUGGGCGUUCUAGGUCUGGGCUCGUAUAGUUCUGCAGUGGACAAGAUGGAGCUUGAGCGAGCUCCCUCCGCACUGCGUGAGCUUCACCCGAAUGCAAUCGUUCAUCGAGCCUACAUGUUCGAUACGGAGGCGAACAAGCCUAGCGCAGCAAAGCCCAAGGAGCCCGAGAAGGAAGGUGACGCUGAGGCUGGCGCAAAAGGAGAUAAUUUGGCGGAUGUAUCGGUCUCGUCAGAGGACAUGGCUGCUCAGAUGGAGCAAUUGGAAGAGGCAGCUACGGCAGCUGGCUUUGCAGGCAGGGGCAACUCAGGUCUCGUCAUCUUCCCUGCUGUGAGAAGAGAUGGCAAAGAUGUGCGCUUCUACCUACGUACCCUACUCCGAGACUUCCUCGGUUCCAUCCUUGAUGGACUGGACAGCAUCGUCAAGGGGCUCGAAGGCAAGCCAUUGGAAACGCCGAGAGAGACUCUCGAUGGUCUUAGCCCAACCUCCUCGACAUCCUCAUCUUCGAGUCUCACAUCUUCAGCAUCAAGUACGGCAGCUCUGGCAGCAUCCCGUGCCUCGUCCUUCUUCAGCUCGUUCGGUUCAUCAGCAUCAUCUGCAGCGUCUGCCUCGCCGCCCAUGGGAGGCGGCAGCCUGCCAGCUGUUCUCAGCCCCGGAGCAAGCUCUGACUCAAAGACGGCAGCAUCGAGAAGUUCCGCAAGUAAAACCACUACAGGGAAGAGGAGUGCAAGCUUAGUUGGGGCCGGUCCCAGUGGAGCCGGUCGCUAUUGCAAGAUCAAAGCUGAUUACGCCUUGCUGAGCGGUGAUCUCUGGGCAGCUAUCAUCAACUACGAUGCAUGCAUGACAUGGCUCGGCAAGGAAAGGGCUCUAGCGGGUGGACAGGACGCCGUCUGGUACGCUAGUGCUCUCGAAGGCUGGGCAGUCACUAGAUGUCUGAUCUUCCGGAUGAGCGGACUAGAGGAGAAGGGGCCCUCCCUCUCUCUGCCUUCGGGCGGGACCAAAGAGAAGGGCAAAGACAAGGAGCUGUAUGAACCACCCUUUGCUCGCUUCGAGUGGGGUGAGGUGGCAGAAGCCUACUCCCUCGCGAUCCAGAUCUACUCUAAGACGCUGGCCCCACCUCGCUAUUUGCUGGACUCUGUACGAUCGGUCAAUCCCGACACACCACGAGAUUAUACCCACCCUCUGAUACAUGCAUCGGCUUGUAUUGCCUAUGCGAGGUUUCUCCUGGCCGUGUGGGCCUCCUCUGGUUGGAAUGGUGAAUGCUUCGACCAGCUCAUCUACGGAGGAGUGCCGCCGGCACUGGUGGAAGAUGCUCGACCAGGCCCGGCCAUGUAUGCCGCCCUCUCCAAGAGCUCAGGCGUGCAGCGGCAUGAGAUUGCCAUCCCGACUUCGCUUGCCCUAUCACAUUCAGUCGCAGCCCUGAAGCCGCCGGAUCAGAUCUCGGUCCUCUGCUCGCUGGCGAGUAUCUAUGGCUGUAUUGGAUUCCCACGUCGAGAAGCAUAUCUGCUACGGCAACUACAAGCCACAGUCGUCUCGCUCUUAGCCCGGACUCUUAUGCUCAAUCCUCGGGAGCCAGUCACCGUCAUGAGUGCACUGAAGCAAAUAGCAGGCUCAGACCAUACCGUCUUGGGAACGAUGGUUACACAGUCGUUGACGAGUGGACUAGGAGAGGGAGCAGACGCAGUCUUGAUUCUAGCUCUGCAGAUCUGCGAGACUUAUGGCAUUAAUGUCGAUAUUGAUCCUCUCAAAAAUAUCCCGCCGCAUCACAUCCUGUCGAGAGCGGCCUUGUCUGGCAAGACUACCACGACACAACAGCCGCUACUGAAGAAAGGUGGUGCGCAAGCACAGGGCAAGGGCGAGUCAGAUCGUCCUACACUCCACGACGAGGCCGCUUUUGGGUGGGCAGAUUUACAAAUUGCCCUUCUCAAAGACACCAUCUGUGUUGCAGAGAUGCUGCAAGACCACGUUGGCAUGGCUUUCUUCGCUACGGUGCUGUUGCGAGACUUUCACGAGCUUCUCUCUGGUGAAGAGCAGCGCAACCUGAUUCGAGGCAUUGCCAAUUGUGUUCGUACAGCUCGGUGGCAGGAUGCUCAAGACCUGGAAGUUCACUACUGGGGCCCAUCCGAUCCCCUGUGUAGCAUCGAGCCGGUCCCCAUGCCUGCUCUGAGACUGCCGACCGAACAUCCCGCAAAGGACCUUGCCGAAGCCGACAAAGAGGCCGAUACUGCAGCACAAGGAAGUGCCCAGGCAGCUGGUCUCAACAAUCCAUUCUUCUGGAACCCGGUGCGAGCAACUGGCGCAGCAAAGCAGCAGAUGCCUUUGGUACAAGAUGAACAAGCUGAGUUCCUCCUCACCUUACAGAAUCCCUUGAAGGCUCCACUGGAGCUGACAAACGUCCGCCUUAGUACAACAGGAGGCGAAUUUGACGCCGAUAGUAUAGAUGUGGUGCUUCCGCCCCUCGCAUACUACACCAUACGCCUGACAGGCAUACCGAGAGCGGGGGCCGGGACGCUCAGCAUCCGGGGCUGCUUCGCCACCCUAGCUGGGUGUUUGGAGAGGGAAUUCAAGGUCGCCCUCAACGACGAGGCGAGCGAGAAACUUCGCCUCAGUCGCGAAGCAGAGCUUGAUGAUCGCCGGACUAGACUCAAGACACAAGGUCUUGAUGCUCGCCCCGCUAUCUUGACUCAGAAGCGUGCUAUAGCUAUGGCCAAGGCAGGUGACGACAAGGUCUCCCAAGCAGUCAAGAGACUACAGCAGAGCAACGCCACCGCACAGGAGCACUUUCUACAAUGUCGGCUCUUGCCUUCUCAGCCGCUCCUCGCGGUUGACUCGCCGUCGCUGACGCAUGGCCAAAUGAUCCUCUUCGAUGGAGAGCAGACGACACUCAAGCUGCGCUUGACGAAUAUCUCGUCUCUGCCAGUCGACUUUGCCCGAUUGUCCUUCAGCGAUGACCUUAGCGAGGACAUCCGGGCAUCUUUGUCGGAAGGGGAUCUUCUCCCUGCUGACGCUCACCAGCUAGAAUGGCAGUUGCUACAUCAACCGGUCUUCACUUGCGCCCGUCGGCCACGCUCGAUCAAAGUCCUGCCGGGGAGGUCCGUCCUCGUGCCGAUUAGCGUGAGAGGAAAGCUAGAUUGCACUAGGGGGACCAUUCAUGUCGACUUCGCUCAUGUGGAUGCACCUGGACGAGGAGGUCUGGUGACGGAGCAGACGAAGAAUUUUCACACUAGACGGACAUCUAUGGCGUUUGAAAUGACCGUAUAUCCUGUCGUAGAGUGCGGCGCUUUAGAUGUUAGGACCAUUGGAGGCGGAGAUGCGGAGAACAUUGUCAGAGGCGCCUCGAAAGGCGCAAAGCGAAUUGCUGUCAACGGGGACAGCCGUAUGCACGAAGAGCAAGCGGCUACCUCUCCUGCUGAUCUGGCAUGCCUGCUCUCGCUGGACGUGCGGAACGUUCACCACCAUGCAGUGGACGUUGAGCUGACGCUAGCUAGAGACGAUGGUCCUCCGCUACACUUCCAGCGCUCUCUGCCGAUUGGCUUGACAGCGCACCUCGUCAUGGCCCUCCCCAGACUCUCCCUUCCAGACUCGAAGGCACUGGCUCCGAUCCCGUCUCUAUCCUCGCGGCAAUUCAUUCUCUCCCGGGUCAAGUUGAGUCCCGCUGAGGAGCAAAGGGAGAGACGGAGAUUCUGGUAUCGCCAAGAAAUACUCGGACGGCUCACAGCUACCUGGACCGAGGCUCGCACAGGGAGGAGAGGAGUGGUAGGGUUGGAAGAGCAGGUGCUGAGUGAUGAGCACGUCGACGUUUUGCGGAGAGAAGACAUCGAAGUGGGCCUGGAGCUACUAGAUGAGCAGGCCCAAGUGCUAUCUCGGGGUCUUGGAGCAGAGAAGGUCUCCACUGCUUCGGCAGAGUCAUUCCUCACUGUCCGAGCGACGAUACUGAAUCAUUCCUCGCGGCCGCUCAAGCUCCUAUAUCGUCUGGUGCCUCUCCCUUCCACCGCUCUCGACACCUCUACGGACUUCACCUCGACUGCGCUCAACCAGCAGCGCAUUGCCUCUGCAAGCUCUGCACCAGGAGCCAAUCCAGCAGGCGGGCAAGCACUCGCUGCAGCGGGAACCCAUUCGACGGAUGCAAUUCUCUCUCAGGUCCUCAUCACGGAUGGGAGCCUCUCUGCUCCGGUGCGACCAUGGCCUCUGCCACCUGGUGAGGAGGCGACGAUUACAACUGGCGUCUGCUUUUUAGCUCAGGGAAGAUAUGCCUUCGUUGGAGCCGUCGAGGAGGAAUUGCAUUUGGGCGGAGGUGAGAAAGACGAGCAGCCCACGGAGAGGAUCAGUGAAGUUGGCAGAAGAAGGCUCGUCGUGGAUGUCAAGGAGCCGGAAGAGUAG